UCAAAAUCAUGGGAAGACGUAGUUCUUUAAAUAUUUAUGAUCAACUUCCCAACCUAUAAAUUCCCUCCAAAACUAAGAUUUCCUUUUCAUUACUAAUCUUAAUUUCCUCGAUGGCUUCAAGUUCAACGACAAUUGCGAAGAAAGUCACUCUCCUCCUCCUCAACACAUCCUUCCUCUUCCUCUUCCUCCUCUUCUUCCUCAAAAUCCAAUACCUCAACCCCAUCAUAAUUUCCUCUCCCAACUUCCUCACCACCAUCACCUCCUCCGACGCAUGCGCCGCCUCCCUCCGCAACCUCACCGACUCCGCCGCCAAAUGCUCCUUCAUCCAAAUCCACCAAACAUGCCGCCCCAAAGGCUACAUCAACUACCUCCUCCUCUUCUACUGCCACUUGGGCCAUUCCCUUCUCCUCGGCCACUUCUUCCUCCUCCUCUGGCUCCUCCUCUUGUUCUAUUUACUCGGCAACACCGCCGCCGAUUACUUCUGUCCUUCCUUAGAAGGCUUGUCCAAAACCCUAAAACUGUCCCCCACCAUUGCCGGCAUCACUCUCCUCUCCCUUGGCAACGGCGCCCCCGACGUCUUCGCCAGCAUCAUCUCCUUCACGAGAUCAGGUGACGCCGACGUCGGCCUAAACAGCGUCCUUGGCGGCGCCUUCUUCGUCUCCAGCGCUGUCGUCGGUGUCAUUAGCAUCGCCAUGAGCUCUAACCCUAAUACAGUCCCACUUGACAAGACCAGCUUCAUCAGAGACGUGUCUUUCUUCCUCGUCUCUUUGUCCUGUCUCAUCGUGAUACUUGUUGCCGGGAGAAUCAAUUUCCUCGGCGCUCUCUUCUUCUUCUCCAUCUACAUUUUCUAUGUCUGCUCCGUCUCCGCCACACACGUCUUCUAUAGAAAUGACAACAGCGAGAAUCAAACGACGCCAACUUCGGACGACGACUAUCAUGCUGUUCCUUUGUUAGGCUACGUCGACGAUGGUGAUAAUAAUAGUGACUACAAUAUUAGUCAUAAUGAUUAUAUGAAACUUGAUCAUCAGCACGAUGAUCAAUACGAAAUUAAGCAUCAAAAGUUUACUGGGAUUAGAAAUUUUCUCAAGUUGGUGAUGAGAUUACUAGAGCUUCCACUUACGUUGCCGAGAAGAGCAACCAUACCAAUGGUCACGGAAGAAGAAUGGUCAAAACCCUAUGCAGUUAUAUCGGUGAGUCUAGCUCCAAUUUUGUUGUCGUUUCUAUGCAACACCCAAAGAGAGCAUGUUGACUCGAGAACAGCCUUGGUGACCUACAUGACAGCUGUCCUCAUCGGAUUGGUCCUCGGGAACCUUUCUUACGUCACCACAAACCAGUACGGACCACCCAAGCAGUGCCUCUUUCCGUGGUUGGUGGGGGGAUUCAUGAUGAGCGUGACGUGGACUUACAUAGUGGCUGAGGAGUUGGUCUCACUUUUGAUUUCCUUGGGAAGUGUGUAUGGGGUCAGCCCUUCGGUUCUCGGGCUCACUGUCCUCGCGUGGGGCAACUCGCUGGGGGACUUGAUUGCCAACGUGGCGAUGGCAGUGCGUGGUGGGCCUGAUGGGGCCCAGAUUGCGAUGGCGGCGUGCUAUGCGGGGCCCAUGUUUAAUACGGUGGUCGGGGUGGGGUUCUCGCUUGUGCUGUCAGCGUGGUCGGAAUACCCAUCAGUGUAUGCGAUCCCGAAAGACCGGUCGCUGUAUGAAACGACAGCGUUCUUGAUGGGUGGAUUGCUUUGGGCCCUCGUGGUGCUGCCCAAAAACAGAAUGAGACUUGAUCGUCUGCUUGGGUGCGGCCUUUUGGCCAUUUAUUCUUGUUUUCUGUUUGUGAGGCUCGUCGGGGCUUUCGGUUUUAUUGGACUUGCCAAUCCGAAUUCUUAAAAAGGAGGCAGAAGGCUUCCUUUUU